UUAAAUGUGUGAUUGAUUGUUUUCUUGUACGCAGGGGUUUCCAUUUUUGUGGCCUGAUUCUGGAUAUUGUGAUUUGGCUAUGGUUGUUGUUGGUUCUUUAUCUGUUUUCGUUUGUGUCAUUGGUUCUCUUUAUUUCUGGUUUCUGGUGUUUGAAGGAAACACUUUAGUUUUUCUUAUUGGUUGGGUAAUCUUUCCAUAUUUCAGAUAGAAAUGAAAAAGGAGUGAGAUUUUGAAUCUUUUUAUGAACAAAAGAGCGUGUAUGAAAUGAGUAUUGACCAUGAAAGUUAGGUUGUUUGGCUUGUUGGAUUGUCAAAUGCAGGGAAGCCAAGAAACGAUGCAAAAUGGAUAACAAUUCGCCCGAAGUUUGUGCUAUUAUGUUACACCGGGAAAAUUUUCAAUCGAUUUAUGGCCCAUAAAUUAUUCCGAAGGCAUAAGUUUUUUUCCUUUUAUUGUUUUUGAUUUUGGGAAGCUAUUGUUCGAUGCAAAUAGCGGUAGGUAAAUUGUAGAUUUAUUGUUGUGUACAAUCCGACUUACUUAAUUCUUAUCAUAAUAGCCAAUGAAUAUCAAAAAUGUUCCUCGGUUGCUAGGAAAUGUUCAGAACUCUAUACAGGGGUGGAAUUUGAUUUCGUUGCUCUUGUUUAUGAGUUUUAUAGUUGGCCUUGGACGUCUUUUUUCGCCAUGAAUUAAUCUUUUAACUAGCGCACGGUGUCUUUCUUUGUGGAUAUGAGUCUAACUAUUUCUAAUUCUGACCCUGUUUUCUGAAGUUUAUGGGACAAUCAAUGCUCUUGUUCCCUGUUUUGAGAUGGUAUGUCGUUCUAUUUCAGCUUGCAUAUUAUUCUAACUUCUAUACUGUCCUUUUCUGAAUCCUCUAGGGUUCUUUGCAAAUUCUUUGCCCAUGGAGCAUGUUUGAAGGGGGAGCAUUGUGAAUUUUCUCAUGACUGGAAAGAUCCUCCAAACAACAUAUGUACGUUUUAUCAGAAAGGAGCCUGUGCCUAUGGCAGUCGCUGCAGAUAUGACCAUGUCAAAGCUUCCCGUGAACAGUCCUAUCAUCCAUCUUCUUCUGCCAGUGUACACCCCCUAAAUUCAGAUUCUUCUAUAGUUGGUAGUACUAGAGUUGCAUCAAAUGGGGCUGCUACAAUUCCUGAAUUGACUACUCGUAGUGGACUUUCCUUUCCUAUUAUUCCUGCAUGGAAUGGAGAAUCUGAGCCUCAUAUUCCUGAUUAUUUUCAAGCUUGGAAUCCAGAACCUGGGCAUCAGGAUUUUUUAGAGGAUAGUGAUGCCAGUGAAUCCAGAAUUAAUGAUCCUUCUGAGCGUCCUAUCUGUUCUUUUGCUGCUGCUGGUAAUUGUCCUAGGAAGGAGAAAUGCCCUUUUAUUCACGGAGAUUUGUGUCCUACCUGUGGAAAGCACUGCUUACAUCCUUUUCGACCUGAAGAAAGAGAGGAACAUACGAAUGCUUGCCAAAAAAAGCAAAAGCAUCUUGAGGCUUUGAAACGAAGUCAAGAAAUUGAAUGCAGUGUUUGCCUUGAGCGUGUUCUUUCCAAGCCCACUGCAGCUGAACGCAAGUUUGGGCUGCUCUCUGAGUGUGAUCAUCCCUUCUGCAUAUCUUGUAUUAGGAAUUGGCGUAAUAGUAACCCAACUCUGGGAAUGGACGUGAAUACCACAUUGAGGGCCUGUCCAAUUUGUCGUAAGCUCUCUUACUUUGUGAUUCCAAGUGUCAUUUGGUACUCUACAACGGAAGAAAAACAGGAAAUCAUCGACAGCUACAAGGAAAAGCUCAAAUCAAUUGAUUGCAAGCAUUUUGACUUUGGGAAUGGAAACUGCCCUUUUGGUACUAGCUGUUUUUACAAGCAUGCUUACCGAGAUGGCAGACUUGAGCAAGUAGUUCUGAGGCAUCUUGGGGCUGCAGAUGGCAACACUGUGAUUGCUAAAGACGUCAGGUUUGCUUUUCCAUUUUAUUACUUAUUUUAUCUUCUGCUCUGCUCCGUUUGACCUGUCCUCUCUUCCUAUAACUUGUUUAAUGCAAAAAAUUUUACUAACUGAAACAUGGGGCGAACAGGCUAUCAGAUUUCCUUUCUAACAUGCAUUUAAGAUGAAGGGUGAUGCUCAUACGUUCUCAUGAUACUUGUAUAAAGAAAAACGGAUAAGCUUCAAUGUCAAAGUUCCUUUUUAUUCAAGUCAAGCUCUUCUUGUUUUCAUGAAGUAUCAGUAUGAGGGAAAUGGCGAAACCAGCGCAUUGUGUGGGCAGCGUAAUAAAGUGCACCAGUGUAUGAUUAUGAACGGAAGGACGUAUAUGACGACUGUAAUCUCAAUAAGCUCUCUAAAGAAAGCGGCAUCAUACAGAACUGCAAGUGUGUAUUUUUGAUGAUGGUGUCAUGAACUUCAUGUGUCCACAUUCCUUGUUUAAGCCCUCAGCGAGUGUGAAUUGAGAAAAUAAGCACUUUGAUGGCCCAUAUAUUGAUUAUGUGAAUUGUGAAAUAACUGAUUUGGGUGAUGAAUGAAGUUCUGCAGUUAUGAGCAUCAUUUACGUACCUUCUUUUUAUGUUGGAAGAAAUUCAGGUGCUCAUUUAUACCUGUUUGGAAUGUUUUAUGAGUAAUUUUUUAGCCGUAAUUUACGAAAUAUGAAGUAUGUAUGAAGAAUUUUAUCU